GUCAUGGCGUCGCUGCCGAAUUCCUCCGCGAAGAAGAAAGAGGAGAAGGGGAAGAACAUCCAGGUGGCGGUGCGAUGCAGACCAUUUAAUGUGACAGAGCGGAAAGUUAAUGCCCAUUCUGUGGUAGAAUGUGACCAGGCACGAAAAGAAAUUAGUAUACGAACCGCAGGACUGGCUGACAAGAGCUCAAGGAAAACCUACACUUUUGAUAUGGUCUUUGGAGCCUCUACUAAACAAAUUGAUGUUUACAGAAGUGUUGUAUGUCCAAUUUUGGAUGAAGUUAUUUUGGGUUACAAUUGCACUAUCUUUGCAUAUGGCCAAACAGGCACUGGGAAAACCUUUACCAUGGAAGGUGAAAGGUCACCUAAUGAAGAGUACACCUGGGAGGAGGAUCCCUUAGCUGGUAUAAUUCCACGUACCCUUCACCAAAUUUUUGAGAAACUUAGUGAUAAUGGUACUGAAUUUUCAGUCAAAGUAUCUCUUUUGGAAAUCUAUAAUGAAGAACUUUUUGAUCUCCUUAAUCCAUCUACUGAUGUUUCUGAAAGACUACAAAUGUUUGAUGAUCCCCGAAACAAGAGGGGAGUGAUAAUCAAAGGUUUGGAAGAAAUUACAGUACACAACAAGGAUGAAGUCUAUCAAAUUUUGGAGAAAGGGGCAGCAAAAAGGACAACUGCGGCAACUUUGAUGAAUGCAUACUCUAGUCGUUCCCACUCAGUUUUCUCUGUCACAAUACAUAUGAAAGAAACUACGAUCGAUGGAGAGGAGCUUGUUAAAAUUGGAAAGUUAAACUUGGUUGAUCUUGCAGGAAGUGAAAACAUUGGUCGUUCUGGAGCAGUCGACAAGAGAGCACGGGAAGCUGGGAAUAUCAAUCAAUCUCUGCUGACUUUGGGAAGGGUUAUCACUGCUCUUGUCGAAAGAACACCUCAUGUUCCUUAUCGAGAGUCUAAACUAACCAGGAUUCUCCAAGAUUCUCUUGGGGGACGAACAAGAACAUCUAUAAUUGCCACAAUUUCACCUGCAUCUGUCAGUCUCGAGGAAACCCUGAGUACCCUGGAAUACGCUCACAGAGCAAAGAACAUAAUGAAUAAGCCCGAAGUGAACCAGAAACUCACCAAAAAAGCUCUGAUUAAGGAAUAUACAGAAGAAAUAGAGCGCCUUAAACGAGAUCUUGCUGCGGCCCGUGAAAAGAAUGGAGUGUACCUCUCUGAAGAAAAUUUUAGAGCCAUGAAUGGGAAACUAACUGUUCAAGAAGAACAAAUUGUAGAACUGAUCGAGAAAAUUGGUGCCCUUGAGGAUGAGCUAAGUAGGGUUACAGAGCUGUUUAUGGAAAAUAAAAAUGAACUUGACCAGUGUAAAUGUGACCUGCAAAAUAAGACACAGGAACUUGAAACUACUCAAAAAAAUUUACAGGAAACUAAAAUACAGCUGGCCACAGAAGAAUACAUCACGUCUGCCUUGGAAAGCACUGAGGAGAAGCUUCACAGUGCUGCCAGCCAGUUGCUUAAUACAGUUGAAGAAACCACAAAAGAUGUAUCUGGUCUCCAUUCCAAACUGGAUCGGAAGAAGACAAUUGAUCAACACAAUACAGAAGCUCAAGAUAAUUUUGGCAAAAAUCUCAGUAGCCUGUUUAAUAAUAUGGAAGAGCUGAUUAAGGAUGGCAGCUUCAAACAAAAGACCAUGCUAGACAUUCACCAGACACUGUUUGGUCAUCUGCUGUCCUCCAGUGUCUCUGCGUUAGACACCGUUACUACAACAGCACUCGGGUCUCUUACGGCGAUUCCAGAAAACGUGUCUGCUCGAGUUUCUCAGAUAGCUGAUAUGAUACUGAAAGAACAAGCAUUAGCAGCUGAAAGUAAAACUACACUUCAGGAGUUGAUUGAUGUACUUAAGACUGAUCUCCUAAGGUCUCUGGAAACAAUUUUAUCCCCCACUGUGAUGUUGAUACUGAAAAUCAAUAGUCAAAUGAAGCAUAUUUUCAAGACCUCAUUGACGGUGGCUGAUAAGAUAGAAGAUCAGAAAAAGGAAAUGGAUGACUUUCUCAGAACAUUAUGUAGCAACCUACACGAACUGCAAGAGAGUACAGUUUCUUCCUUAGCUGAGUCACAGAAGCGAUGUGAAAAUUUAGCAGAAGACCUGAAAACAGUAAAGGAAACUCAUUCACAGGAGCUUUGUCAGUUAAUCAAUCUCUGGGCGGAAAGAUUCUGUUCUCUGGAGGACAAGUGUGACAACAUCCAGAAACCACUCAGCCGCGUCCAAGAAAACACAAAACAGAAAUCUAAGGAUAUGAUCAGUAGGACAACUUCUCACAGUACAAAAUUUUGUGCUGAUUCUGAUGGCUUGUUGCAAGAACUCAAACAUUUGAACCAAGAAGGUUCAAAGUUGGUUGAAGAGUCUGUGAAACAAUAUGAUAAACUCAAGAGCAACCUUGAACUACUAUCUCAGGAGACUGAACAAAGAUGCGAGGCUCUGAACACAAGCACACUUUGUUUUUCUGAGCACUGGGGAUCUUGCUUAACUAGGAGGCAAGAAGAACUUCAGGACUUACUGGAGGUUGUAAACCAAGGUUGCAAAGCUUCAAGUUCAGAGAUUACUGAAAAAUUAAGUGGCUAUAAGGCAGCUAAUGAGAACCAGCGCAACACUUUCCUUGACCAGAUAACCAGUGAUGAAGAGAAGCUGAUGUCACAAAGUCUAAAGCUUAAUGAAACCAUAAGGAUGGGUUUGACUAAGCUUAACUGCUUUCUGCAACAGGAUCUUAAGCAGGAUAUCCCAACAGGUCUGACGCCACAGAGGAAGAAUUAUUUAUACCCUUCAACCCUGGUGAGAACGGAACCGCGCGAGCUGCUCAUCGAUCAGUUAAAAACCAAGCAACCUGCGCUCUUGAUGCUGGACUGCUCAGCACACGACAGAGAAGCCGCCAGCCAGCCUUUGGAUGAAGGGCAAACAGUCCUGGGGCACACUCCGACCGUUGACGAAGAACCUGGGGGUCAAGAGCCAUCUGUCGAUGCUGGUGUGGACUGUUCCUCACGCGGCGGGGUUCCCUUCUUUCAGCAUAAAAAGCCACAUGGAAAAGACAAAGAAAACCGAGGUGUUAACCCAGUGGAGCGGUCGAAAGUGGAAGAAGCUACAGAGCAAUCGGUUACAAGGAGCAGAUUGCCUCUGCGUGCUCAGAUAAAUCUGUAGUUAACUUGAAGAUUGUUUUAUUUUUAAAGAAAAGGCCUGUAAACUCCAGAACUUGCUCCUGAUGUAUAUAUUUAAAGCAGGAAUAGAAGAUCUCAAGGCAAUACUGUAAAUUGAAUUGAAAUUAAUGUGUCUACCUGUUUCAUCCUUGUAGUUGACUAUGCAUUAAGUUGGAUUUGGGUUAGGAUUUGCAUUGGAUGGAUGUACAUUUCUAGCUCUUUGCUAUAAAACAGCCCUUUCUUAACAAAUGAAAAUGUAUUUUUCUUGCUAAUUAUUAAACAGAUAUGUAGGAGCUGCA